AUGGCAUAUGCCACUCUGCCGUACCCUCCUCCGGCUGGAGCAGCAGCAUCGAGUGGCCCAAUGGUGAUCGGAGCAGUGCCCGCCCAGCCUCAGUCACCGUUUCCCACUUCUCCCGCUCAGAUCCCCAGCCAGCACCAUCUCGCCUACCAGCAGGUGCAGCAGUUCCACCAGCAGCAGCUGCAGCAGCAACAGCAGCAGCUGCAGAGCUUUUGGUCCAACCAGAUGAUGGAGAUUGAGGGGACAACGGACUUCAAGAAUCACAGCCUCCCGCUUGCUCGGAUAAAGAAGAUUAUGAAGGCCGACGAGGAUGUGAGGAUGAUCUCUGCCGAGGCACCAGUGGUGUUUGCCAAGGCCUGCGAGAUGUUCAUAUUGGAGCUGACCCUCCGGUCUUGGAUUCACACUGAGGAGAACAAGAGGAGGACGCUGCAGAAGAAUGACAUCGCGGCUGCCAUUACCAGGACCGACAUCUUUGACUUCCUGGUGGACAUUGUGCCGAGGGACGAGCUCAAGGAGGAGGGCCUUGGGGUCCCGAGGGCCACCCUCCCCAUCGUGGGAGCUCCCACUGAUGCAAUCCCAUAUUACUAUGUUCCAGCGCAGGUGGCUACCUCAGGGAUGAUCAUGGGGAAGCCUGUUGACCAGCAAGCUGCUGCCGCUGCUGCAAUCUAUGGAGCCCAACAGACUCACCCUGUGGCUUAUAUGUCAUGGCCUCAAAUGCAGGCGCAGCCUUCUUCCCUACAACUCCAGCAGCCUCAUGACAUGCCUGACAAUGCUUGA